AUGGGCAUAAAGUCUCCUACACCAUAUAGAUAUAGAAAACUAAGGUCCAUAAAAUAUGGAAUGAAUUUUGCUUAUGGAGGGACAGGCGUCUUCGACACACUGGUUGCUGCACCAAACAAGACAAAACAAAUCGAUUUGUUUGAACAACUCCUUAAAGAGAAACUCUAUACCAAAGAUGGCCUUAAGUUCUCCACUGCUCUGGUAUCCGUUUCUGGCAAUGAUUGUGGCAUCUACCUUGCUAGAGGUGGAAGUCUUCAGGGUUUGCCAGCCUUCAUUGUAUCUGUUGUUAAGCAGCUUGGCUUGGAUCGACAACGUAUUCAUGAUUUGGGAGUGCCGAAAGUAGCCGUUCUGGGAAUACAGCCCCUUGGAUGUUUGCCUGAAUUUACAAUGGAAUACUCAUACAAGAAAUGUAAUUUAACGGGAAACUUGGCUGCACUGUUUCAGAACCUAUUACUAACUUCUAUGGUAGAGGAGCUGAAGCCUGAAUCUAAAUUUGUGGUGCUUGAUAUGUACGAUGCAUUCAUGUCUGCAAUGAAGAAACAUGAAAACGAAACAGGUGAUUUCCCCAUAUUUAUGUGA